AGAGGAGAUUACAAUUGAUUCACUCUGCGUUUUAUUUAUUUAUGUCUCAGAGAUCAGCUAUGAAAUACUGUAGCUCCCUUUCCAAUUUAGAUGUUUAUCAUUUUGAUUUAUUUUGUGGAUUUAGUGCGUUUUUAGUUUGUAAUUUGUGAAUGUUUAGGGAUUGCCAUUGGAGGAAAAAAGUGCAGGCCUUUUAAAAUGAAGAUAAGAUGGUUUUAGGCUGAUUCUGUCACUCUCAUCCUGUGUGUCUCAGCUGCACAUCUGCCUGUAAACUGCAAGGAUGACAGGAUUUAAUCUUCCAGCAGAUGUCAGUGUUUCAAGCCAUAAAUUUGUCCUAAACCUUAAUGAGAUGAAUUUAGAACAAAUUGUGAACCUACAGUUUUUUCCUCCCACCUGUCCUGUUUUAUUAUUUAUGUUGGUGUUAUAUUUGAUUUGAGCAUCUAGCUGGAGUUGAAUGUUGACUGAAAUUUUUUUUCUCAGUUUCAUUUCAUUAUGCAAAACAACUUGGCACAUUUUCAAAAAUACUUUAUUAAUCCCAAAGGAAAAUUAAAUAAACAAACAUAAAUAAACAAACAAAUCCUCCAUGUGUGUAUGAGUGCAAAGCCCUGAAGCUGCUGGCUAACCCCUCAUUAUCCACCUUCUAAUGAUAUUUAUAGUGUCAGGUGUUUCCAGCUUCACCCAAUCCGCACCUUACAGGACCUUUUACUAACUUAGAGACCAUACAGUUUAAAUGAAGCAGUAUAUAAGCUCCACUGAGCUGACUGUCUGUGCCGAGGGUAAGUUUGGUGGGAUUACUCUGUUCCCAGACCAAGAUACAACAUAAGCCUAUUCAAAUGUAAACACAAGUUAUUUUUUCCUUGAGGAUGUGAAAGAAACCUAAGCACGUUUUUAUCUGACAGCAUAGACUCUUACAAGUAGCUGAAAGGUUCCAUCUGGUUUGUGUCUGAUAAAAGCGCUUUAGUUUGUUGUGUCCCUUACACCAGUAGUUUGCAAAGUUAGGCUUGAGAUUCCACUUGGGUUCACCAAUAUGUCAGUCUUGAGAUCCUCCUCAGAAAUACUUGAAUAGUAAAAAAAAUAUAAGAAAGCCUAUUUCUAUUCUUUUAGAAAUGAAUAAGAUUUCAUUGCUUGCUCUCGGUAGUGACUUUAGUUUUUGCUACCUUUCCAUUAAGGUAGAAUUUUCCUGGCUGAGCCACGGAUCUCUGUAGCUCCUCCAAAGUUGCCAUAGCAUUAUUGACUGCGUUUCAAGUCAUUUUUCACAUUGUCUGCCCUUCUGUUUAGGUGGCCACACAUAUUGGGUUAAAGCUUCCUUCAGCUUGACAAUUAUUAAUCGUGUUGGUCUACUAAAUAGAAAACCUAAAGAUACAGUACAGUUUAUGGUUGUAUCAUAACGAAUUGUGCAAAAGCUUAAGAGGGCAAAUGCUUUUGCAGUGACUAUAUUUUCCUCAAUAGAUGCUGUUAUUCUGAAGGAGUCCCUUCUCCGUUUCCGCUGUGUUACUGAGCCUGUUUCACGCAUGCGUGCGGGGCUUUAAAGCAUUAAUUCUGAGUUAGAUCGGAAACGGACUCCCCGAGUGGACCUGCCUCAUUUUCAGCUGAGAAAAUUUAGAUUUUGUUUGUUGCAUUCUUGUAAAGGGAAAAAGUAAAUUUUUUUUCAGAGACUCAGUGCGCCCAUCCAUCUCCGGAGCUGCACCGACACUCUUGCCACUGUGGUCGGUCAUCCUGCAGACUCGCAGCUUCAGCUGACCCGUCACGUCACGUCAAGAUCCGGAGAUAAACUUCUGUUUGCCAACAAGUUCUGAUGUGGCAAGCAAACUGCAGACGGAUGCAUAAUAUAGCAGACUGGAUUUCAGGGACAGUGAUGGGAGGCUGCGUGGGGAGGAGCAGGAUGGAUGGACAAGGGAGUGCCCAUGGCUCCACCAGGACUAAAAAACGUGGAGCACGCAAUGAGCCUCUUAAGAAAGACCGUCCUAAAUGGAAGAGCGAGUACCCGAUGACAGAGGGCCAGCUGAGGAGCAAGAGAGACGAGUUUUGGGAUACAGCUCCUGCCUUUGACGGACGAAAAGAGAUCUGGGAUGCACUGAGAGCAGCAGCCCUGGCUCUGGAGUGCAAUGACCUGGAGCUGGCCCAGGCUAUAGUGGAUGGAGCCUGCAUCACUCUGCCACACGGAUCUCUCACGGAGAGCUAUGAUGAACUGGGAAACCGCUACCAGCUCCCAGCGUACACUUUAGCGCCACCUAUCAACCUGAUCACUGAGACGUCUGGCGACAGCAAACUGUCUGAAAGUGCACAAAAACAAGCUCAACCUCCACCGUCUCGAGAGGAGUUCCAGCUGCGGGUGCGAUUAUCAACAGGGAAGGAUGUGCGUCUGACAGCCAGCCUGGCGGACUCCAUCGCCCUGCUGAAGAAACAGUUGGAAAAACAGGAGGACAUUGAGGUCAUCCGCCAGCGGUGGUUCUUCUCUGGGAAGCUUCUGACGGACAAGACUCGCCUCCAAGAUGCCAAGAUCCAAAAGGACUAUGUCGUCCAAGUGAUCGUCAACAUAAAUCCUUUGGUCAUACCCAACUGAGGGAUGAAGAUCAGAAAAGGAUGUGCCAGAUAAGGCUUCAGAAACAGGAGCAGGUUUCCAGCAGGGAAAUUUUAUGUACAUUUUAUAUAAUAAAUUAUUGCUUUUAUAUCGUUCCUUUUUCUAUUUUUCCCUUUUUUCCAAAUAAAGAGAUAUUACUGAAAAGCACUGAAACACUUUAGGUGAUAAUAGCGCCCUAAGAUGCACCUCCCAGUGUCUGUCUGUUUCUGAAGAUCUUGACUUGCAGCUCUAUUGUUUACAUGGGUUCCUCUCCUCGUCUUGUUUGUUUGUACUUAUGCUUGUUGAUGAAUUAAAUGCAGCUCACCUAAGGAGAGCAAAUAAGGAAAAUCUACUCUCCUUUUUUCUCUUGUGACAAAUAGAUGAGUAUUUCUAAUUGUAAACAUCAGAUACAUUUUUUUUGUCCAUUUCAUUGUGUGAACAGCACAUUUUGACUAGACACUGAAUAUAAUAAAGGAACCUUUUGUAAGGUAGAAAGAGAUGAACAGAUUUGUUUUUUUAGUUCAUCAUUUCAAACAACUGUACAAACAUGCAAUAGCUUUCUGUCUACAAUUAUGCACACUGUAAUGUCAUUUAAUAAAUGUUAUGAAUUUAAACUCA